AAUGCCAAUGUGUUGGAGCUUCGGUACUAGUUUUGCAUGUUUUGCAUAAUUACGUUAAAAUGUAUUGAAUGAACAUGAUUUUGAAAUAAAAUAUUUUUAUUCAAACUAAAUACUAGGAUUAAAACCAUCUAGAACACACGUUAGUAGUAACAUUCCAUUUUAACUUUGUGUUUUGCAACAAAAACAGGAAAAAAGACUUGUAUUUAAUUAAAAACAAAUUUUAAUCAAAGACAUUUUUGAUUACAACUCUCAUGGAACUAUUAGUUGCUGUGUAUUCACUUUACGUUUUGGCUUUAAUUAUUUUAUCAACUACUUUAAAUCUUAUCAUUUGCUACAUAAUUCUUUCCAAGAUUAAAGCAAUUGAGAUGCCUCAUCUUUUUAUUCUAAGUAUUUCAAUAUCAGACAUAUUGCACACCUCAAUUGGGCUUGUAUCUGAGCUAUGCGUUCUGCAUGGUGCAACUUCGUUAAAGAAAAGUUAUACAUGUAUAGGAGCUUCUUUUUUAACUUAUUCUUUUACCGUGUCGAAUAUCAUGCAAAUGGUUAUGAUUUCAAUCGUUAGAGUGAUAGCAUUGAAGUUUCCUAUUUUUUAUUUCAACAAUUGUAAAAAAAUGAAGUUCAGAUUGGGAUGCUUAUUUUUAUGCUAUUUUUAUGGGUUUUUAUGGCCCUCUUUUCCAUUACUUGGGUGGUCAACGUACGAAGAAGACUUGGACAAAAGACGAUGCUCUUUAGAUUGGAAUUUAACCAAUUCUAAUUCGUUUUCCUAUCUCAUGUUUGCUUUUAUAUUUUGUUACAUUUUUCCUGCUAUAGUGUUGAUUUGGUCACUCAACGUAACAAAAAAAACAGUUGAUGAGCAACGUGAAAGUAGUUUUCGAAAAAAUAGGCCAAAUGAACAAAUGGAAAUAUUAGAAAAAGUUUAUUUAAAAAUAUUUUUAUGUUCAGCUAUUGCUUACUUUGUUAUUUGGACACCGUACGCAUGCGCAACUUUACUGUCAAUUUUUAGAAUCAAAACCCCAAGUGUUGUUUUUACGUUUUGCGCGUUGUUUGCCAAAUCAUCAGCAAUUUCAAACGCAUUAGUCAACUGUUAUAUGAAUAAGUCUUUUCAAGUCCAUCUUAACGAGAUAAGAGUGUUUUCAUGUUUUAUAAAAGAAAAUAGAGUCGCACCUAGAAUUACUAAUGCUUCUGUUACGGAGGAAACACAAGCAUAACUCCUGCAUAACUCAAGCAUACUCGUACGGUGUUUGCGUCAUUUAAUCUAAUUCUAUAACAUUUCCAUACUUUUUAAUUCAAUACAUGAUUUAGUUAUUAACAUUUUUAAACUAUUAAAAUCAAAUAUAAAAUUUAUUUGAGUGAUGGUUAAAAUCUUUUUUUAGUUAUAUGUUGUUA